ACGGAUUUAUCUCCUUCCUAUCGCCUUAGGUUUCUCUCUCCUUCACUCUUCCUCUUCCCGCAAACCCUAACCCCCAAUCUCUCCCACUUUCUCUCUCCUAGGGUUUCUGCUCUAUUCCAAAGCGAUGGAUCAUCUAAACAUGUCCCUCGACGACAUCAUCAAGACCUCCAAGAAACCUGGAUCCGGCAACAACCGCGGCGGCCGCGGCCGGGCUCCCUCCGGUCCCGGACCCGCCCGCCGCUUGCCCAAUCGCGCCGGAAAUCGUGCGACGCCUUAUGGCGCCGCCAAGGCGCCGGAGGACACGUGGCAGCACGACAUGUACUCGGAUCAGGGAGCGGCGUACGGAGCUCCGGCUGGCAGAGCCUCCGCCAUCGAAACUGGAACCAAGCUCUACAUCUCUAACCUCGACUACGGCGUCUCCAAUGAGGACAUCAAGGAGCUGUUUGCUGAGGUUGGUGACCUGAAACGCUAUGGAGUGCAUUAUGACAGGAGUGGCAGAUCCAAGGGAACAGCAGAUGUCGUCUUCUCACGAAGACAGGAUGCUAUGUCUGCUGUGAAAAGAUACAACAAUGUAAUGCUUGAUGGGAAGCCAAUGAAGAUAGAGAUUGUAGGAACAAACAUCUCCACACCUGGGGCACCUUCUGCUGUGCCUCCUCCCCCUGCAAAUGGUGUUUACAGAAAUCCAAAUGGAGCUCCCCGUGGUGGACAGGGUAGAGGUGGUGCUUUUGGACGCCCUCGUGGUGGGGCUGGUGGGGGUGGUCGUGGUCCUAGAAGGGGCCGUGGUGGACGUGGAAGGGGAGGGCGUACUGGUGAAAAGGUUUCUGCUGAAGAUCUUGAUGCUGAGCUGGAGAAGUACCAUGCUACUGCAGAAACAAUGCAAGAGUAGAAUGCAAACAAUUCUGUUUUGUUUGGCCGUAUUACAUCAUCUGUGGUCUUUAGGUGCUUGGUAAUUUGACAGUCCUCAUCUAUGUUGUGUAUUUCUAUCAGAGUCUUACUUUCUAUUGAGAGAGAAACCAAGAGUAGGGAGAACAAUUAGAAUCUUGCUUAUGGAGUUUGGGCUCUCAUUAUGUUUGUUUAAACAUGGGUAUGAAAUAUGUGGGUUACUGGACAGUGGCAGUACUUUAUCUGAACUCCCACUUUUGGACUCA